AUGUAUGAGGCGGCCGAGCAGCAACUCGCCCUUGUUUCCCGCAAGACACAUCGGCUUGGGGAGGUCCUGCGGCAGCAGAUUGAUGCACUGAAGGAGUUGCGCACAGCACGCAUGGCGGCGUUUGCCGAACGUGAUGAGCUGCGCCAACGGUUGCGUGUCGUGGAGGAGAGGGCCAACUCCGUUGAUUGCAAGCACAACGAGGCGGAGUGUUGCCUGCGGCGUACGGCGGAGGAGUUUGCUGCGACGCAGCUGCUGCAGAAGCAAUAUGAGAACACACUGGCCGAGCUGAAGGGGCGCCAACGUGUUGUAGUCCGGGUGGCUGGUGCCGCGCCCCGUAGCGGGGGUCCCGCGUGGGAGGAGGCAUCCCGGGACGAGUACCCGAAGAAACCACCGCAGCGAACGCAGGAGAAACAACAGCAACAACGCGAGGGAGAAGAAGAAGAAAGGAAUUACCGGGCGAGAAUUGCCGUGACAGAUGAGUGCACCGUGGUGGAUUUAGACCGACGGCGCACGUUUGUCGUGGAUUUGGCGUACGCCAUGACAUCUCUUCGGCGACGCAUGCCAUCGGAAUCUGCAUUAGCAGCGGCUGCUGGCAUUUCUUCCGGCGCGGCUGCAUCUGAGGCAAUCCCUGCGGAGGACAAAACCACGCAAAAUUUUAUGAUUGAUGAAGAUCUUUUUGCCACCCUUCGCCUGGAGCAUGUCAUUGCGGAUGUUCUGUCGGGUGUAAACAUGGUGUUUCUUUCCUUUGGGCCGGCGGGUGCUGGAAAGACGGAGACUCUCUUUGGCACAAAGGCAGCCAUCAUCCAGCACGAGAUGUUACAAAAAAGAGGGCGAAAACAACAACAACAACAACAACAACAAUCUUCUCGUCAUUCACGUCGUUCUGGUAGUAAUGGACGGGGGAUGUCUGUGGAGGUGUUGUCCAAAUCGCCCCAAGUUUGUGGGGCCACGGCGGGCCUUCUGUCGCUGUUUGUCCACGGCCUCUUCAACAGCCUUGUCUCGCACGCCGUCACACAUGUUAGCAUCUCUUGUAGUUUUGUGGAACUUGCCAUGAACCAAACCGUUGAUCUUCUCUUGCGGCAGCCGGGCAGGCCCGUCUCCGGCAGCGGUGGGAAUAACACAACGCUGGUAAAAAUGUUCUCUGCGGCGGCGGGCAGUGCGUCCACUGCGUCGAUAUCAUGCGGCGGCCCGGGUGAAGAAGUCACAGCCGUGCGUGCGGAAACGGCUGAAGAGGUGAUGCGUUUGUUCUUUGAGGGGCUUGAUCGUCUUGGGCGCUGGCGGCGUUCCUUCUCUUCAUUUUUGCUUAUGGGCGAUGAUAACGGCAGCAACACGAACGGUCCACAGCCCAAGGAUGAGCAUGUUGUGAUGGCACACCGUGGUGGGGUGUCACAUGCCAUCUUUGCCCUUCGUGUGGAGAAUUUUAACGACAAGGGACACUACCGGCGGUCAAUGGUGUCUUUUGUUGAUUUGUGCGGCCCACCACCGUCAGGUGCCGGGUCGGUGAUGCGGCCAUUGACACCGGAGGAGCAGUGGGUGGACGAAUCACUGCAGGCGGUGUGUGACGCCAUUGCUGCCACUUCAAGCGUUAAGCCGAACGAAGGAAAGAAUGAUGCUGAACGUGCUGGGGCCGCAUUUGAUCAGUUGCCAAGCUCGCAUACAAAUUGCAUGGCACGAUUCCUGCGCCCCAUUUUUGGCGGCAAUGCGAAGGCGACUCUUGUUUGCUGUGUGGAUGUUGAGAUGCACAGCAAAGAGCAGGUGCUGAAUGCCAUCAGCUACGCCUAUUUCUUUAAGCGCAUUCAACACCAAGCCGUGCCGUAUGAUAUCCCACCCGAGCUGCAGCGACUUAAUUUGCAGAUGAGCGCCUUUCUCUCAGGUGAAGGGGGUGACGAUGACGGUGAGGAUGAGGAUAAUGACAAUGAUGUUAUAACUAGUAGUGUCGGUCUUGGCACAGCACGCAAUUCAUUAGCGCCGGUAGAUGCAAAUUGGCACUGUGAGGGAUAUUCUCGUGCUUGA